CCUCGCCGCGCGCCCUCUUCCCUCCGGCCCGCCUGCAAAUGGCUUCGUUCCCCGAGACCGACUUCCAGAUCUGCCUGCUGUGCAAGGAGAUGUGCGGCUCGCCCGCGCCGCUCUCCUCCAGCUCGUCCGCUUCGUCGUCUUCGUCGCAGACGUCCACGUCGUCCGCGGGAGGCGGCGGCCCCGGGGCGGCGGCGCGGCGCCUGCACGUCCUGCCCUGCCUGCACGCCUUCUGCCGGCCGUGCCUCGAGGCGCACCGGCUGCCCGCUGCCGGCGGCGCCGGCCCCACCGAGGCGCUCAAGCUGCGCUGCCCCGUGUGCGACCAGAAAGUGGUCCUGGCCGAGGCGGCGGGCAUGGACGCGCUGCCGUCGUCCGCUUUCCUGCUCAGCAACCUGCUGGACGCCGUGGUGGCUACCGCCGACGAGCCGCCGCCCAAGAACGGGCGCGCGGGCGGCGGCCCCGGGGGCGCGGGCGGCCACAGCAACCACCGGCAUCACGCGCACCACCCGCCCCAGCGCGCCGCCGCUCCGGCCCCGCAGCCGCCGCCCGGCCCGGCCGCCUCCCCCGCCGCGCUCCUGCUGCGCCGGCAGCACGGCUGCAGCUCGUGCGACGAGGGCAACGCCGCCUCGUCGCGCUGCCUCGACUGCCAGGAACACCUGUGCGACAACUGUGUCCGCGCGCACCAGCGCGUGCGCCUCACGAAGGACCAUUACAUCGAGCGCGGCCCGCCGGGGCCCGCGGCCGCCUCCGCGGCGCAGCAGCUGGGGCUCGGGCCGCCCUUCGCCGGCGCGCCGUUCUCCAUCCUUUCGGUGUUCCCAGAGCGGCUCGGCUUCUGCCAGCACCACGACGAAGAGGUACUGCACCUGUACUGUGACACCUGCUCUGUUCCCAUCUGCAGAGAGUGCACGCUGGGCCGCCAUGGGGGCCACAGCUUCGCCUACCUCCAGGAUGCCCUGCAGGACUCGCGGGCCCUCACCAUCCAGCUGCUGGCUGAUGUGCAGCAGGGCCGCCAAGCUAUCCAGCUGAGCAUCGAGCAGGCCCAGACUGUGGCAGAGCAGGUGGAGAUGAAGUCCAAGGUGGUCCAGUCGGAGGUCAAGGCUGUGACGGCCCGCCAUAAGAAGGCUUUGGAGGAGCGCGAGUGUGAGCUGCUGUGGAAGGUGGAGAAGAUAAGGCAGGUGAAGGCUAAGUCUCUGUACCUGCAGGUGGAGAAGCUUCGCCAAAACCUCAACAAGCUGGAUAGCACUGUCAGUGCGGUGCAGCAGGUCCUGGAAGAGGGCCGAGCCUUGGACAUCCUGCUGGCCCGAGACCGGAUGCUGGCCCAGGUGCAGGAGCUCAAGACUAUCCGGAGCCUCCUACAGCCCCAAGAAGAUGACCGAGUGAUGUUCACACCCCCCGACCAAGCCUUGUACCUUGCCCUCAAGUCUUUUGGCUUCGUCAGCAGUGGGGCCUUCGCCCCGCUCACAAAGGCCACGGGAGAUGGCAUUAAGCGGGCCCUUCAGGGCAAAGUAGCCUCCUUCACCGUGAUGGGUUAUGACCAUGACGGUGAGCCUCGCCUCUCGGGAGGUGACCUGAUGUCAGCUGUGGUCCUGGGCCCCGAUGGCAACCUGUUUGGUGCAGAAGUAAGUGACCAACAGAACGGGACUUACGUGGUGAGCUACAGGCCCCAGCUCGAGGGCGAGCACCUGGUGUCCGUGAUGCUGUGCAACCAGCAUAUAGAGAACAGCCCCUUCAAGGUCGUGGUCAAGUCAGGCCGCAGCUACGUGGGCAUCGGGCUCCCGGGGCUGAGCUUCGGCAGCGAGGGCGACAGCGAGGGCAAGCUCUGCAGGCCCUGGGGCGUGAGUGUGGAUAAGGAGGGCUACAUCAUUGUGGCUGACCGCAGCAAUAACCGAAUCCAGGUGUUCAAGCCCUGUGGCUCCUUCCAUCACAAGUUUGGUACCUUAGGUUCCCGGCCUGGGCAGUUUGACCGGCCAGCGGGGGUGGCCUGCGAUGCCUCUCGAAGGAUCGUAGUGGCCGACAAAGACAAUCAUCGCAUUCAGAUCUUCACCUUUGAGGGCCAGUUCCUCCUCAAGUUCGGUGAAAAAGGAACCAAGAACGGGCAGUUUAACUACCCGUGGGAUGUAGCGGUGAAUUCUGAGGGCAAGAUCCUGGUCUCAGACACCCGGAACCACCGCAUACAGCUGUUUGGGCCCGAUGGGGUCUUCCUGAAUAAGUACGGCUUCGAGGGAUCUCUCUGGAAACACUUUGACUCUCCACGGGGUGUGGCUUUCAACCAUGAGGGUCACCUGGUAGUCACCGAUUUCAACAACCACCGACUCCUGGUCAUUCACCCGGAUUGCCAAUCAGCACGCUUCUUGGGCUCAGAGGGCAGCAACAAUGGGCAGUUCCUCCGACCACAGGGCGUAGCCGUGGACCAGGAAGGGCGCAUCAUUGUGGCUGAUUCCAGAAAUCACCGGGUGCAGAUGUUUGAGGCCAACGGCAGCUUCCUGUGCAAGUUUGGUGCUCAAGGCAGUGGCUUUGGGCAGAUGGACCGACCCUCGGGUAUCGCUGUCACCCCAGACGGAUUGAUCGUCGUGGUGGACUUCGGCAACAAUCGAAUCCUCAUCUUCUAAUCGCAUCUUCUGGGUUUCUGUGUUUAGGGUGUGCAUGUGUGCGUCUGUCGUUUUUUGAAUUUCAAAGAAGAAAUCAUCUCAGGGAUAUUUCUUUUGCUUUCUC